AUGAAUAGUUCCAAAAACUUCAUACAUAUUAUGGAUAACAUGUAUUCAUUUGAUGGGGAAGUAAUUGUGAGAUUAGAAAAUGUCGACCUCCAAAAAAUGAAGAGAAUUUCCAAAAUUGCCGAGGAAUAGAAUUAAAUGGCUAUUUAAUAUGGCGGAUUUGUUUUAGAAAUAGAUAAAAUACUCUACAAUCCUUAAAAUUAAACCAUGUGUAUAAAAUAUAAGGACGAUAUUUAUCUGAAAAAAUUGGAGAACAAAUAAUUUAUGAAUGAAUAAACAAAAUGCUUGCUCUUCAAUUAAGCAUGUGCCUUGCUUAAAAUCUUAUCUCAAAAAUCAUCUUAAUAAUAAAUUCUCCAGGAAUCAUCUCAAUAAGAAAUAUCUUAAAAUUUGGGCUACUUAAAAAUUAAUCACUCAAACUUUUUUCUGAAUGAAGCAAACUAAACAUUUGCUAUCACCUUUAUUUCCGAUAACUUAUGGACUAACUCAGAAGAAACUCACACUUACAGAAAGACGAUUGCAAAUUUAAUGGAAGUGAUAAUUGAGCAUCCAAAAGGAAAUUUGUGCGUAGACAUUUCAGCCUUUUUUCGGGAACAAAUCAAAGAAUUAAAAUAAGAUAACUUCGGUAUCUACUAUUUUUUCGCUAACUACCGUGAGCAAUACAAUGAACUACAAUAAGAGUUUUAAGAAAUAAUGUAACAAACAUACAUAUCCUAAUUUUAGGCCUAAUUUACCAAAAGAAUUACUCAGUGAAGAAUGGUUUAAUUAAGGUUGUGCAAUAAUCACUGAAUAGCCAUUAUAACUCAUACUUAAAAAUAAAAUGAUUGACUAAAAAAAAUAAGAAUAACAAGCCCAAUUGUGUUGCUCAUAGGAAAAUUUCGACUCCAAUUAUUUCUAUUAUUUUGAUUAAAGAAGAUUGGUACUUUAUAGAGAAUAAAAUCGUAAUAAAAAUAGCAUUGAUAGAGCAUACAAGUUGGAUAAGGUACUUAACUUAUAUAAAUUGAUUUCUGAUAUGAUUGAAGGGUUUUAAUUAGGUAAAAUUCCUUCUUUAGACUAUUAUGAUCCUACAGAAUAGUAUUUCAUAUUAUAUCAUGUUGAAGACCAUUUUAGUUAAAAAGGAAGUAAAGAUUAAGUGAGAGAUUUCAGGAUAUAUUUCUCAUAGCUAAUUUAUAGAUUAAAUAAAAUGGAUCCAAAAAUGUUUGAGUUUAAUUAAAUGAAAUAGGAGAUUGACACUUAAUACAUUAACAAAGAAAGCAAUAGAAUGUUAUCUUGGCUUGACCUAGCGAAUAAUUAGAUUCUAGAUCAGUUUAUAUAAUAUAGAGAGCUGUACGGAAAAGAUUAAAUGCUGGAACUUAAAGAUUUUAACAAAAUUAUAGAAAGGGACUAAUUCAAAGUCAGUUUCUUUAUUAAAGGUCAAGAUCAACCUGGGGAAGUUCAGAUAGGAUAUGCCGUUGAUAAUUAGGGUCAUUAUUAUAAAGGAACUUUUAAGAAUGGGUAACUUCUUUUUGGAGAUAUCUUAUAAGUUUCGUAGAAUAAAUAAUAGAUCAUAAAUUACAGGGAUGUAAGUUAUUAAAAUAACCGAAUUUGUGGAGAUAAUUGUCAAAAGAUAGUCUAUGGUUAGAAAAGCCUAAGAUAUUAACAAAUCGAAUGGUUUGAGGGUAAAUUGAGGAAUGGGUAAUAUCAUGAAAGUGGAAAACUAAAAUAAUAUAAUAAAAAUUAAAUGUACGAAGGUAAUUGGGUUAAUGGAUUAUUGGAGGGAAAAGGAACUUUGACCAUGCUUAAUGUUGAUAGGAACACAUUAGAUUAUAUAAAGUAUGAAGGAAAUUUUCAUGAAGGGGAAUUCCAUGAUCAAUAAGGAAAAUUUUACCUUGAUGAAAAAUUCACCAAAUUUGAAAUACGGAACUUCUAAAAUGGCUAACAAAAAGGGAAAGGUAUUAGAUAUGUAAAGAAAGGUUAGAGUUUUUAAAGGGUGUUUUUUUGA